CAUCCCUUUCCCUUUGUUCGCUGGCAGCCUCGCUUACGCGGCUUUUCCUUGCCACGUGUUGCCCGUUUCCACACCCUUUGCGGGUCUUCUCCUUCCACGUGGCUCACGUGCGCCGCCCGUGUCGUGCCCUAGUCUCAUCGCCCUCCCCUUUGCCUUUUCUUGCUCCUAGUCUUUCCUACAUUGUUAAUGGAGGAGACUCGGAUGAUGGAUGAGCCUUUGAUGGCGCUAUGCCCUUAAAAACGCCCGUGGGGGUUCCCACUGCUCGCCCCCCUUGUGCCCUUUCCCUAUCAUGCCUGCUCUUGCGUUUCAUCUCGUCCACCGGCACCCAGCUGCUGACCCAAUCAGGCUGCGGGAUCUGCUGCCCUUGUGUCAGGAUCCAUCCUUUGUCCCUCCCCUCCCCAUUCGGUACAACCUCGCCUCCUCCUUCGCCACGCCGCACCAAUCCUAUCUCAAUCUCGUACAGUUUUUCUCAUCGGGUUCUCCUUACCGUCGCCGACCACACUUCCUAUCCACUUUCGAUGCAAUCAGCAGCACGGCCGAUUUCUACUUUCCUUGCCGCGCACGCUUUCGCCGCGCCGUGAUGGUCACCCCUCUCCUUUCACAGUCCGGCCCCACCACUCUCGGAACUCCGGGCCUCGACCUGUCGGAGGAAGCAAUUAUCAUUCAAUUCACCACCCGUGGGGUGGCGUCGGACUGCCCCCCUCAUAUGCCUUUCCUCACGGUGAUCGACAUGCACAACGAAGAUGUCGACAAUCAAGACCUACCGUGUGGCGGCGCUUCGGUCCACUCCAUCUGGCGGGACACUCUGGAUGACCGUUUUCUCGCUUUGGUAUAUUUUUCUCGACGACGUUUUUUCCCUUGUGCUUUGGCUGCGGCGUUCCAGCUCGUCCGCCGGCCUCACCACACAAAUAGAGGCGUUUUGGAGCUCAUUUCCAUUGGCGGCCUUCCGGUUGCCCGCUCGCUAGGUAACAGGGGCAUACAUUCUCCACUUGGUGGCCUUUCUUUACAGGUGGCCAUGCUACUGCAUACCGGCUGGCGACCAUCCUGCGCUUGUCCACUUGAGCCCCAUCCUCGUCCUCGUCUCGAUUAAGCUCCCUUCUCUCUUCCUCUUAUCAGAACUGUUUGUCCUUUUGUCCCGUU